AUGCCUCGACCACGAACAACUUCGGGUUCUUCCAUAGACGACGCGACAUAUUCUGGACGAUGCAAGACUUUUCCAAAAAGUUGCAGUGCUUGCAAAGAAGCGAUGCAAGUGCAAAGGUGCGGUGACGAUGGAGGUACAAAGGAACAAGUCCUCGACGACACGACUUCCAAAAGCUCAACUAAGGUCAUUGGGAAUCGGGCCCCCACGAAGUCCAGACGGCAAUUCAACGACGCAGCAACUUUAACGUUUCCGUCAGUCAAAGUAAAUUACCCUACGAAUAUCCCCGGGCUCAACGUUCCAGGUUAUAAUUCUAGUGGACUGUCGGUGGGUGAGCAGGCUGGCAUUGGGUUUGGAGUGGGUGCUGUUGGUCUUGGGAUCGUGGUUGCAAUUAUACUAUUAUGGCGAAGAGAAAGAAGGUCUAAAAGGCCUGUUGAGGAUAUGCACGACAAACCUCAGCUGGAUUCGCGCGAGGUAAAUUCAUUGGGCAGUUCGACAGAAACCACGGGCACGGUUCAUCCCGAGAACACGUUAAGCAAUACAGGUGAGCUCCAUGUGACGUCAGCCAGACAAGAGUUUGAUGGGACUCCAGCUAGAUACGAGUUGCCGCCUUAG